GUUGAUUCGAUUUAGGACCUCAGCCUUGGCUGCAGAUCUUUCUGCUAUGGCGGCAAUUCUGAUUUUGUCGAGCUUGGCGCUUGUCUCAGGCAAAGGCCUUAUGUUGCUGGAAGAAAGCCGAGGACAAACACUUGCAUAUCCGCUUGAGAACGUACCUACUGCACCGAUAGAGAACCACGUCCUUGACAUCCUGGAGCUGGAGGAACCACCUCCUCUCGUGUCUUUGCUAAAACGAAAUGAGAAAGUCACUAAUUUCAUGGCACAACUGUAUCAUGAUCUUGAAAAGAGCAAUGAUGGGAUUCGUCCAAGUGCUGAACCCAGCGGUGAGGAUUGGAGUUCUGCUGACAGAAUAGUCUCUUUCUCACCCACUGAAACUAAACAUGUUGAAGGAUUAUUUGUGAGCAAGUACAAUCGUGAAGAUCUCCCAUCAAGCACUUCUCAGUUAGUAGCUGCUCAACUGCGAAUUUUCCUGCCAGAAGAAACUACAUUUGCGAAAGUAUCGAUCUAUAGCAAAAAUUCUGGAAAUCUCGAACUAAUUGGAUCCACCAUAGCUACGUCACGGGAGAAAACUGUGAGCUUUAAUGUCAGUCAGAUCGUUUCCAAAUGGAUGAAUGAUGUUUUCGAGCCACAAAUCUACAUUAGGCUAGAUGGCGGUAUCGACUCCAUGCGCAGUGCAAAUUCGAAGUUGGAGAGCUUUAUACUUGCCGUAUUUGUCGAUGGAGGUUACAACAUCCCCCCUCCACGAACUAGGUCAAAACGUUCCGUGGAAACAGUUUCUGGAGAAGAUUCUGCUAGCCUCAAGGAAGCAGAAGCUACUAAAAUAGUACACAGUGAGGUGGAAGGUUGUCAUGUGCAAAGUCUCUAUCUCAACUUCGCCGAUAUAGGGUGGCGGGAAUGGGUCAUUGCCCCUGAAGGAUAUUCUGCGAACUACUGUGUUGGCGCUUGUUCAAGCGACUCGCCGAUGCAUAGCAAAAUGAAUGCAACCAACCACGCAAUUGUGCAAACCUUGGUCCAUUUGGUGGAUCCCAAACGUGCGGACGAAGCGAAGUGUGCGCCAGUGCAGUUAUCACCAGCCAAAAUCCUUUUCAUUGAUAACCAUGGGAACGUGGUCAUGAGAAGAUACCAAGAUAUGACAGUGCAGGAAUGUGGUUGUCUAUAGGAACUUUGUUUCUAAUUCUGGCUACGCAGAAUCCGAAGUUGUCCGUCUCAUCUGGAACGCUUAGUGAGCUAGGUUUCUUCUAGGAAAUGUUGAAGAAUUCAAAUACGCUUAAGUACAUUGAGGAAGGAAAAAUGGCAUGCAAAAUUUCUGCUCUCAGAAUUCGUUGACGUGCUUACCAUAUGCAGACGAUUAUCUCACAGUUCUGAGGAACGUCUCUUAUAUUAGUAUCGGAGCUUAUUUGCUUUGCAUGUGUUUUAUAGUCAGCAAAUGCAAGUGAAGAGCAUAAUAUGUGACUAUUAGGAAAGUUGUUUCAUACUCGGUGCUGUCGAAUUUCCUGUUGUGGUUGUUUGAUGUUUUGUUUUAAUAGGCAUAAUUUGGCGCAGCCUUUGCUUUGUUCUGUGAAUCUCUACUGGUUUAUCAUGAUUACAAUAACGGUGCUUCAAAUGAAUAAAAUUUUACGUG